AUAAGAUGAUCCACACAGGGGAGAAGCCAUUUCAGUGCAUGGAAUGUGGAAAGGCAUUUACUCAUGGCAGUGGAUUUAAAAGCCACAAGAAGAUCCAUUCAGGAGAGAAGCCAUUUAAUUGCACAGAAUGUGGAAAGACUUUUGCUCAUAGAAGUAAUCUUAUUUCGCAUAAGAUGAUACACACAGGAGAGAAACCAUAUAAAUGCAUGGAAUGUGGAAAGACCUUUGCUCGGAGCACUACUCUUACUAUCCAUGAAAGGAUCCACACAGGGGAGAAACCAUAUAAAUGCAUGGAGUGUGGAAAGCCCUUUGCUCAAAAAAGUAAUCUUAUUUCCCAUAAGAUCAUCCACACAGGGGAGAAACCGUAUAAAUGCAUGGAGUGUGGAAAGACCUUUGCUCAAAAAUGUUAUCUUAUUUCCCAUAAGAUGAUCCACACAGGGGAGAAGCCAUUUAAAUGCAUGGAAUGUGGAAAGACAUUUACUCAUGGCAGUGGACUUAGAAGACACAAAAGGAUCCAUUCAGGAGAGAAGCCGUUUAAGUGCACGGAAUGUGGAAAAUCCUUUGCUCGGACCAAUGACCUUAGAAUCCACAAAAUGCUCCACACAGGAGAGAAACCAUUUAAAUGCUUGGUGUGUGGAAAAACCUUUGCUCGGACCAGUAAACUUACUAUCCAUGAAAGGAUCCACACAGGGGAGAAACCAUAUAAAUGCAUGCAGUGUGGAAAGACCUUUGCUCAAAGUAGUAAUCUUAUUUCCCAUAAGAUCAUCCACACAGGAGAGAAGCCUUAUAAAUGCAUGGAAUGUGGGAAGACCUUUGCUCAAAGUAGUGGACUUACUAUCCACAAAAAGAUCCACACAGGAGAGAAGCCUUAUAAAUGCAUGGAAUGUGGAAAGAGCUUUGCUCAAAGUAGUGGACUUACUAUCCACAAAAAGAUCCACACAGGAGAGAAACCAUUUAAAUGCAUAGAGUGUGGAAAGACUUUUGCUCUGAGCAGUAGACUUAUGAUCCACAAAAAAAUCCACACAGGAGAGAAACCAUUUAAAUGCACAGAGUGUGGAAAGACAUUUGCUCUGAGCAGUAGACUUACUAGCCACAAAAGGCUCCACACAGGAGACGAAUCAUUUAAAUGCAUGGAGUGUGGAAAGACCUUUGCUCAAAAAGGUCACCUUAUUUCCCAUAAAAUGAUCCACACGGGAGAAGCCGUAUAAAUGCAUGGAGUGUGGAAAGAUGUUUACUCGUGGCAGUGGACUUAGAAUCCACAAAAUGC